AUGGACGACGCUCAACUGUCGAGGCCCAUCCGCGGCAAACAACUGGCUGCAAGAACGGGUCAGGCCACAGCACAUCGGUCACUGGACCAAAAACUCGCCUCCUCUUCCUCUUUCGAAAUCCAUCCAUCUCUCCUCCCUUCCUCCCCCUCACAUAACCCACCAUCACCACUUCCUCACCGAUCUUUGCCUCCCGCCUUUCGCUCUCCCGACGCGGCUCCAUCAUCAGGGUUUAGGACGACGUUUCUCACGUCCCCUCCCUCUAAUUCAUUCUCGAUUUAA